AUGGCCGAUAAUUUCGAAAUCCCAACUUGUUCGAUCGAAGAGUUCCUGAGUACUUCUUUCGACUAUAUCAUCUGUGGAGGUGGCACUGCCGGGUGUACCAUUGCCGCCCGCUUGUCUGAGAUUCCCAGUGUUACGGUCGGUCUGAUCGAAGCGGGGAAAAGUCGACUCGGAGAUCCAGUCGUCGAUAUCCCUGGAAUGUUCCCAGGGCAAUUUGCGAACCCAGAUUAUGAUUGGUGUAUCUAUAGUGAGCCCCAGACAGGGAAUCGCGGCAGAGUUCAUCAGGUGCCCCGCGGAAAAUAUCUAGGGGGAUCCAGUGGCAUGAACGUCAUGGUUUACGUGAGGGGUUCGAUGGAGGAUUAUGAUAACUGGGCCUCGUUUGUCGGUGACGAAGGUUGGUCUGCAGCAUCAAUGCAGGGGUAUAUGCGCAAGCAUCAGACUUUCGAACCUGCUGAAGCGGACUUGGGCCGAUCGAUCAAAUUUCAAAACAAGUUCCACGGCACAAAUGGUCCCAUACAUACAAGCUUCAAUGAGGCCGCCCUACCGGUCGAGUGCGACUUCCUCAAAGCAUGCGAGGAUACAACAGGGAUAUCCGAGAAAGCCGAGGAUCCCUGGUCUGGACACCAUUUGGGAAUUCACCACGUCCUAGCCACUAUCACGAGGAAAGGGCCUAACAAGGGGAAGCGGAGUUAUUCUGCUGGGGAGUAUUAUGCGCCGAAUCAUACCCGGCCGAAUCUGAAGGUGCUGUGCGAAGCCCGAGUCAACAAAGUUCUUCUUGAUGACAGGAAAAGAGCGACGGGGGUGAGUAUCACUCGUCGUGGAGAGGAAUUCGAGAUCAAGGUGGCACGGGAGGUCAUUCUGUCUGCUGGGGCUGUUUUCUCGCCUCAUAUUUUGGAGUUAUCUGGCAUCGGUGAUCCUGCUAUUCUCAAGUCGGCAGGUGUCUCAUGCAAAGUCAAAAACGCCGCUAUAGGGGCAAAUCUUCAAGAUCAUGCCAUUUCCUUCGUUAACUGGGAGGUCAAACCUCAUGUCGCGACCGGCGACGUGUUACGACAAGUUCCGGAGGCCAUGCAAGCUGCCAUCAAACAGUACGCAGAGACCAAAGAUGGGCCUCUUGCGGCGGUUCCAAAUAUCAUGGGCUUCUACUCGGCCAAGAGUAUUUUGUCCGAAGGUGAGCUGCAAAAGGUCAUGCAGAGUAUCAGAGAGAUCAAGCCGGAUACCGCAUUUCAUGCGAAACAAAUUGAACAGGUCAUUGCCAAUUUGAAUGACGAGAAAUCCUCGAACAUCCAAAUAGUCCUGGUGGCGGCAAUGAUGAACCCAGAAGGCGAUCCAAAGAACCACAGCAAUCUUUUCACAGACAUCGCCGACCCCGAGAAAAUUGGAAUCACAGCCGUGGUCGGCAUACAGAACCCGGUCUCGCGAGGAUAUAUUCAUAUCAAGUCGGCUGAUCCCGCUCAGCAACCCACUAUCCAGCCAAACUGGCUCACAGAAGAAGCAGAUGCGAUUAUUCUUGGGGCUGCUCUUCGCAUGGCAGAUCGUGUGGGGCGCUCAAAGCAUAUCCGAGACUCAAUCUCCAGCAGGCUAUUUCCUCGUCCGAAUGUGGACCUGCAGAACCUUGAUCAGGCUAAGCAGGCAGCACAUGAUAUUGUCUCUACAAUGUAUCAUUUGUGCGGUACGGUUGCUUUGGGUGAAGCCACUGACUCGCAUCUACGCGUGAAGGGAGUGCAAGGACUGAGAGUCGCAGACGCAUCCAUCUUCCCGAACAAUUUGAGCGGCAACAUACAGGCUAGUGUGUAUGCAGUGGCGGAGAAGGCAGCUGAUCUGAUCAAGGAUGAUUUGGCUGCUGAGGUUCGGAAUCCCAAGGCGAAGCUUUGA